AUGGCAUCUCACCCAGAGAAUCAAAAAUCUCACCAAGGCGAUGGCUUGCUGAUCAUCCACGCGGGCCUGUUCCGAACAGGAACCAAAGCCAUGGCCCGCGCAUACCAAAUCCUGGGCUUCACAACACACCACGGACUCCUGGAAAAAGUCACUGAUACCCCGUGGGUACAGCUAGAGCAAGCCGCCGAGGCAACAUGGCCCUCCACACCAAACGCACGCCCUCGAGAGCCUUUUACCCGCGCGGACUGGGACGAACUGUGGGGCGCAAAGUAUGACGCCGUCACAGAUCUGGCAUCGCCAUUUGCACUUGAGCUUAUCCGAGCAUACCCCAAUGCCAUGGUUGUUGUGGUUCAGCGAGAUUUUGAGCGAUGGUGGCCAAGUUUUCAAGUCGAGGUUCUGGAUCGGGUCAUGUUGCAGCCUAUGGCAGCUAUUAAUGGGUUUGUGGGACUGUGGUUGAUGGGCAUUCCUGCUGUGCAGGCGAUGCGGAAGAUUCAUUUUGGUUUCUUUGGUGCCCAGAGUCGGAAAGAGAUUCUAGUGAAGGCGAGAGAUGUGUAUGAGGCGUACUAUCGCAGCGUGAGAGCUGCUGUUCCACCGGAGCGGAUGCUCGAGUAUCACAUGGGGGAUGGAUGGGAUCCCCUGUGUGCGUUCUUGGAUGUGGAAGUACCUGAUGUACCAUUUCCAAGGGAGAAUGAAGCAAGAAAUCAUGCCGAGGAGGUGAAAGCUCGGAAGAGAUUGAUGUGGACAGCGGGUAUCAAACUUGCGGUGCCUGUGAUACUUGGUCUGGGUGCUAUUUGGGUGGCUUUCGCAUAUAGUCAGACGGCUUGA